GCCGCGGGGCCGGGCGGGGGCGGUGCCUGGCGGGCGGGCGGGUGGGGCGCGGGCCGGGGCGGCGGCGGCGGGCACCAUGGAGCUGCUGUCGGCACUCAGCCUGGGCGAGCUGGCGCUCAGCUUUUCGCGCGUGCCGCUCUUCCCGGUCUUCGACCUCAGCUACUUCAUCGUCUCCCUCGUCUACCUCAAGUAUGAGCCAGGCGCAGUGGAGCUGUCCCGCCGCCACCCCAUGGCCUCCUGGCUUUGUGCCAUGCUGCACUGCUUCGGGAGCUACAUCCUGGCUGACCUGCUCCUGGGGGAACCUGUCAUCGACUAUUUUAGCAACAGCUCCAGUAUCCUGCUGGCCUCCGCUGUCUGGUACAUGAUUUUCUUCUGCCCCCUUGAUCUCUUCUACAAAUGCGUCUGCUUCCUGCCCGUGAAGCUCAUCUUCGUGGCCAUGAAGGAGGUGGUCCGAGUGCGCAAGAUCGCCGCGGGCAUCCAUCACGCCCACCACCAUUACCACCAUGGCUGGUUUGUCAUGAUUGCCACCGGCUGGGUCAAAGGCGCAGGUGUGGCACUCUUGUCCAAUUUUGAGCAGCUGCUUCGAGGGGUGUGGAAGCCAGAGACCAACGAAAUCCUGCACAUGUCUUUUCCCACCAAGGCCAGCCUGUAUGGAGCCAUUCUCUUCACGCUGCAGCAGAGCCGCUGGCUGCCCGUGUCCAAAGCCAGCCUCAUCUUCCUUUUCACCAUGUUCAUGGUGUCCUGCAAGGUGUUCCUUACAGCCACCCACUCGCACGGCUCCCCAUUCGACCUGCUGGAGGCCUACAUCUGCCCUGUACUGUUCGGAUCAGCCUUGGGGGGAGACCACCACGACGCCCAUGGGGGCAGCCACGGAGGCCCCACACACUCCACACUGCCCAAGUCCAAGGAGGAGCUGAGUGAGGGUUCCCGGAAAAAGAAGACCAAGAAAGCCGACUAGGCGGGGGGCUUCAGGGGACCUCGAUAAUUGUGGGAAUUGGGGUCCCUUUGCCACUCUUGGAGAGGGGGGCCUCAGACUAAAGGAAUGUCAGGACUCUGGUGUCCCCCUAGUUCCUCACCUCCAACCCCCAGAGACCGGCUGGACGGAUCUUCCUGCUGCUGCUUGCACCGGUUCCUCCUGCACAGGGGGAGUAUCACGCUCUCAUCUGCCCCCUGCUCGGCGACCAGCUCUGGGUACCUUGGCCCAGGCUCCUGCACACCUGAGCAUUGGGGGCAGCGGUAUCUAGGGUCCUGAGGGCUGCGGAAGGCUAUAGCCACCCUGGGCUGAAGGACACCCCAAACCAAAGAGAUGCAACUGGCCAGCAAGGCCCCAGGACCUGGCUCCAUCCUCUCUUAGCUGCACCCGGUCACUCAGCCAAUCACCAAACGCACAGACAAUGCAGGUGUUGCUGGGUGGGGCCAGGGGUCCUGCCGGCCACCAUCUUGUGGCCUGGAUCACCAGGAUGAGGGCACGGACAUGCCUGGCUCAGGUGGGAUCUCUCCACGGGUCACUGCACUCUGGGAAAUGUCUUCCUGGGGAGCUGGGUGGUCCUGAGGCAGAAAGAUGUUCCCAGAUCUCUCCUCAGGCAGCUUGGUGAGAGGGUUCUGCAAAUAAACCCUGUGUGA